AUGCACUCCACUCUUGACCAUCCAGUUGAGGAACCUGCCCUUGACUCUUUUGAAGAGCAAGUGCAAGUUGCACAAGGCUUCCAGAGAUGGAACGAUCAGUACUUGAACACAUACAAUCCUAGGUGGCGUAACCACCCUAAUUUCUCAUGGAAGUCACAACCACCCCAGAAUGCCCUUAAUAAUAUGCCAUACAGGAACAAUCUUUCUAAUCAACAAGACAAUUAUAGGGAGCAACCUUCAAUCCAACCACCCAUCCAACCUCGGAUCCCACCUCCCAUUGAGCAGCCCAUUCCAGUGCCUAGUUCACUAGAAUCAAUGAUGGCUCAAAUGCUCCAAACCAUGCAGGAACAAAAAGCUGACAUAAAUACUAGGUUCCAAGAUUUAGAGCAGAAUACCCAACUUCUACAUUCUCAUUCCCAAUCCAUUAGUAAGCUAGAGACCCAGAUUGGUCAAAUAGCCGAAGCAAUCAAUAGGAGGGAACAAGGCCAAUUGCCUAGUCAAGUCAUAGGUAACACUAGUGGUUCUUCGCAGCAGAAAGGUUUUUUCGAACAAGCGAAGGCCGUGAUGACUCUUCGGAGCGGCCGAGAGCUAAUUAGGCCUGAGAGAGAAGUAAAAUUCCAAGGUAGAGAAGAGGAAAAUCUAGGUAGAGACCAAGCCAAAGAGAGUGAGAGUGAGCCACUUGUAGAUUCAAGUGUUCAGAGACCGGGUAAGGAGAAAGUUGGGGAGAAUGAACCAUCCCCUGCAUCGUACAUACCGAGAGCACCCUUUCCUCAGUAUUUAGAGCCUCCAAAUGUUCCUACUACUAGGAAAAGCGCUAGGAUGGAGGAAAUGAUUGAGUUGUUUAAGCAGGAAAAUGUAAGUGCGGUUGUCUCAAACCGCAUUCCCCCGAAGUUAAAGGAUCCUGGAGCUCCUAGUAUUUCUUGUGUGAUAGGUAAUGUCACGAUUAAUAGAGCACUCUUAGACUUAAGGGCGAGCGUGAACUUAUUACCUACUUCUGUGUAUGAACAGUUUAACUUAGGUGAGCUCAAGUCGACUGAAGUCAUACUACAGUUAGCUAACCAAUCGGUCAAAAUGCCUAGGGGCCUAAUUGAGGACGUGUUUGUUAAGGUUGAGGAACUAUAUUUUCCGGUGGAUUUUCUUGUCUUAGACAUGGAGUAUACGAGAAGUGGAAGUAUGCCACUGAUUAUUUUAAAGAGACCUUUUCUAGCAAUGGCAAAUGCUUGCAUUAGCUGUAGAUCAAGAGAGAUGGAAGUGUCUUUUGGGAAUAGGAAACUGAGACUUAAUGUGUUUAAUGUGGGUUUAGGACCAAUGCGUGAGGAUGAUAACGAGUGUUUCAUGGUUGAUGCUAUUGAUAGUCUAGUGGAAGCUCACGCCCCACAAAUGUCAUGUGACGAUGCGAUUUACACUCUUAUGAAUCUGUUUGUUGAGGAGAUAUGUAGCUUGAGUGUCGUGUCUGAGAUUUAG